UCUCCCCUGCGUUUCUGACUCAACUGUUCCCUGUUGUUCUCUUCGCUCCUAGGAUUCUCCGUUGGAAUUUGCCUCACGCCUUCUCGCUGUUGCAAAGCAAUGUAGAAAACCGUGCCUGGCCUAGGGGUAAAGUCCACGGACGAGUGAGAAAGGGUGAAGAAGCUGCAGAUUUCAUCAAGACUUGCACACUGAUGAUCAGUAAUGAAUGAAGAGCGCUCUUCGUCGUAUCAUAGAUCGCGAAACACAGCAAGAGAAAAAGCCAGCUAUGACAGACAGAAACAGGCAAGACCGGAGGGGAAGUUGGAGACUUCACGAAGAACACCUCUCUUUGCACCAAUAAAGGUGACGGCUGGCGAUAGCUUGACAGAGAAGCUGAACAAUACGUUUGGUGAAUUUAAUGAAGCUGUCAGUACAAUGCGGCAACAGAAGGCUCACACCUUAAUUGGAGCCGAGGCUUUGCCUCAAACUCCAGUAGAUCCUCCUCUCACCAAUUCUUUUGAUUUCAAAGUAGCAUCAGUGGCAGGCAGAGCGAAGGACAAUGAGACAUCCAAACUGAAGGAGGAAGAUCCGCUUGCAGUGAAUGGAGUAAAAGACAUGGCAAACAGGAAUAAGGACAAAGAGAGCAAGGAGACCACAAAGAUUGGAAAGAGAAGGCCGCCAAAAAUAACACUGCCUUCUCGGGUUCUGGUUGAUGCUUGUACAAACAAGGAAAAGGUUGAUAACAAUUUGGACAGAGAGAAGACAGAAGUCUCGAAAUCAGUCCCAACAAAUAGAGAUACACUGAGUGAAGAGGUACUCAAACAGAGGCCAACCGUAGACAAAUUGACGUGUAGCAACAGCGACAAGAUGGCGGAUCAGGUUGAGAGUGGGAAAACUGAAAAGUCUUUUAAAGUCAAUUUAAUGCUCAAUUCAAAAUUAAUAAACCCACCUUCUCCUCUCACGGCUAUUCCCACCCCCGUCAGGCAAGGGACACUAGGAAAUCGUUUUGAUUUUACUCCUGGCAACAGCAAGCAGGUUCGAGUGACUGGUGAGUUUGAUGACAAACAGAGUACUCGUUUGCUCACUUCAAGUUGUCUCACAGCAUCAACGUUGUCUGAUGAGGACAGUGAAGAUGACAUGAACCCUAAAGUUUCUGUUUGCUCAGAAGUUGUGUCUCAUAACAACACCAACUGUGAAACUGAUGUCCAAUCUCAGUUGUCUGACAUCGACAGCUCUUCAUCGUCUUCAAACUCUGAUUCAUCAAGCGACUCUGAAUCAAGUAGCAGUGAUUCAGAUAGUGAAGACGAAGCGGAGUCUCUUAGUCCAAUUUCAACAGCUGUAGUACAACCUUGCUCACCAAAAAGCUUUACGAAUGAGCAACAUGUUGAACAGUCACAAGCAACUAUGGCCGCCAGCAGAUGUGAGCAGACAGUUGGAAUUCAAAAUGUGGAAAUUGAUGUUGUUAAGUCUGUUGAUCCCACACCGUGUGGUGAGCAGCAUAUUGGUGCUGCCAGUAGAGGUGAAACUGGUGAGGAAGAUUGCUUACAAGAUGGUAAUCAAUCUCAGUUGUCUGCUGAGACUGAAAUGAAAGAACUUCUGCCCCUGGAAAGUGCCGUGUCUCAGUUUCACAAUGUUGAUCAAGUCAAACAUGAACAUACGGAUGGCAGUUUUAUGGAGGCAGAGGAAACUGUGACAGUCACUGACUGCAACACAGUACAAACACAAUGUCUAGAGGAGAUGCAGACAGACGCACAAACAGACACGCUGACACAGAUCGCAGACAAUGAGAGAAAGGUGGAUCAAGAGACUGUUAUUCAUAAUCUCUCUUGUUCACCAAUUGCUGAGUCAUCGGAUUCUGAAAGUGACAGCAGUGGUGAUGGUUUAGUGAUUGACAUGAACGGUGAACAUUUUUCGAAUCCGAAGUUACGCACACCCAACAGGAAGCCAUCACUCUUACCAUCUAAACUCAUGGUCAACAUACCAGUUUCUCGACUACACAGAGUACCGAAUAAGUUACAUAUGAAAGAUCGACUUAAGAAACGGUCGAAGCUGAUUAACAAUAUGAAAGGAAAUGAUUCCAAGCGUGUUAAAUUUGGUUCCAGUGUUGAUGAUCAAAUUUCAGAAGUCAGCAGCACAACGAACACAUCUCUGGUGGUUGAAGCAGAAACAAACUGCGAGAAAAGAGACGAGAGUGAGGAAAUCAAGAAAAGGCAUAGAUAUGACCGAAGGAUACCGAAAUCGAAAGACUCUGUGAGAAGAGAUGAGGAGAGCAGGAAGCUUCCGUCGCACGAUUAUUAUUUUCAAGAAGCGAGAAAGUUAAAGCACAGAGGAGAUGCUGAGCGUGAAACGAGCAGCAAAGCCAAGUUGUACAUUCAGUCAGGAAUACAAUUUAUCUCAUGUAGUUAUGCAAUGGAGUCUAGUCCAAACCACAGCAGGAAAGCUGUUCAUAAGAUGUAUGAAGACACGAUUUCUCUUAUACGAUAUGUUUUGGGAAUUUCCGAAGAAAGAGAAAGCAGACGUGACAUGACAAAGGGUGAUCGCCGCCUUACGGUUAUUUGUUUUAGGUGUCUGUCGUUGCUUUACUAUCAUCUGUUCAAGAUGAAACGUUCAACUGCAAUGCACCAACAUGAAAUUCUGCAGGAACAUUUCAGUGAGAAGGCCAAGCAGACUUCUCAGUUGCAAACCUCACCUCUUGCUCCGUAUGACAUUUCUGCUUCAAGAUCACCAGCUCCGUCUCCUGCUAGUGUUGGCAGCACCGGGAGUGCUGGCAGUGGCACAGAGCAACAUCCGUCUUCUGGACACUCACUGCAACAAGCUGGACGUAGUGAAAGUAUGACCGUGGCAGUGCCACAUAAUAUGGUUUUAAUGACACAUCAGCAUCUUCGCACAAUGAGCUACAUUCUCAAGAGUCAUGAUUUAUGGCGACAGAGUGAAGAUCUUGAACUGAAGUACUGCAAGAAUUUCUUCAGUGACAUCAGCAACAAGCUGUCGUAUCUCAGUUCGAUGCCGGCCUUGGUUGAUUGGAUGAAUUCUGCAAUAAAAUGGCUCUCUGAAUCAUAGUUCAGACGUCUCAAGAAAACAUAGAGGGUAGAGUUAGAAGAUUGAGAUGUUGUGAGCUAGUUAGUUGUGAUGAACUCCUACAGUAGCUGUAAGUCCUAGGCUGUCCACGUUAUUGGACGUCCUAUGCAUAUGAAUUUGACUAGAUUCCUAUACUCCUUUAUUUAUACAGCUAUCAGAGAGAAGCUACUGAUUUAGUGGCGUGCAGAUAAUAUGAAAUGAACUUUUUGGAGCUUUGUUA